AUGAACCAAAACCUUGUCAAAGGCCAUCGAAACGACGCUCGGACUUGGUGGGCAAGCCCAACAGAUCAUUUUUAUCGAAUAUCCAACGAGUUGGAGGAUGAACACUUGCGAGCAGCCCUGCUAAGCCUUCCCGAUGGAGUCGCAGUGCCUGUACGGGGCAGAGACUACAAAGUUGUGCCAUCAUCACCACGGAGAGAGGGCUACACAGAAUUCGACUAUGGAACUGCCAUCAAGAGUGGGUGUCGACUUUUCUUUAUGUAUACUUCUGGUGAUAUCGAGAGUAUUGUUAUCGAAACCAUCAAUCUGCGAGAGCUUGUUCACUUUGUGUCUUUGUCAAUGACAGUGCCAACAGCAGCCGUUCCAGCAGCCGACCCCAGAUGUCUGGUUGUGAUUAGCCAUGGCUUCAGUCCUGAUGUGGGGCCUGACUAUCCAAUAGUCCGAACAAUGGUCACAGUGGCACAAUCACGAGGAUGGAGAGUCCUGAUACCCGAUUACAGAGAAUCAUACCUCCACUCGAAUGACCGAGAUUCGAGGUCACAGAUCCUAUUGCAUCAUCUCGUCCACGCAUGCACAAAAGAAGGGGUUUGCCCACCGGAGUCGGUCGUAUUGGUGGGACAUUCGCAGGGUGGAGCUUGUUCUGCAGUGGUUGCUGCUGGAAAACCAACCGCCAGUGACAUUCGUGGACUCAUCAUGUUUGGCUCUGAAAACGCUGCAAAGCUUGACGGUUUACGACAAUGCCCCCCUCUGCCUCCCCGCGACAUUUGCGUUGUUCAUGCGUUGCAAGAUGGAGUCAUUCCCCAUUCAGAGGCUGUUUCGAUGGUCCAAAGUUGGAGGCUCCCCGCAUCAUGCUUUAUCAGCCUGCAGUCUCACACCCCAGUUGGAUCAAAAGAUUGCUGGGGAGACGACAUUGCUCAUGACUUCUUAUCCAAAUCGCUCGUGAAGGGCGCAGUGGGAGCUCUCGAGGCCUUCCUGUUGCAUUAUGAAAGAGAGUAG